UCAACCAAACCACCAUCUAAGAUAGUAUAGCCAUUUUAGUUUUCAACACUCGAUUACGAUACUUCUGUGUCAAUGGAGUUUGAUUUUAGACCGGAAAAUAUUAAUUAUACCAUCAAGGGGUAUAACAGUGUUUUUGAGCCAUUACUUGAGCGGAAUCUCUAAAAUCAAAAUAAAAAAUCAUUUUUUCUUUAUUUUCUUGCACAGUCUGACCAACAAAACACGUCUUCUCGUUGAAACUUUCUCUAGUUUAUGUUUGAGUGACCAAAAGUCGCUUAUGGCUUCAAACUCAGAUGAUGAUUUUGUCAUUCUAGUAUGUGCGAAUCUUAAUCCAAUCGAAGUGGAAGUCGCCUACGAUAGAGAAAUUCUCAUUUCAACCGAGGAUAUCCAAAGCUGGAAUUUAGUUGCCAUUCUCCGUUACCAAACCGUCAGAAUCCAGGCUUAUCGGAAUAGGCUCACCGAACAAUCUUCGUACUUUCAUGGACUUCUUAGGGGAAGUUUUAGUGAGUCAAGCUCAGACCAUAUUGUGGUCCAGUGGAACCUUGAAACGUUUUUGAAUAUUCUGAAGUUUAUAUAUGGCUGCCCAUUAAAUGUUGCAUCAAAUAAUUUUCUCCCUCUUUUUGAGGGUGCGCUUUAUUUUGGAGUGGAGAUGCUUCUAGACAAGUGUAGAGCUUGGUUUUCUGAGGUCUCUUUGUCCAAAAAUUCUGGGCCACCACAGAUACAGUGUGAUGAUUUGAUUCAUAUGUGGAACUUUGGUUUAGAGAAUGCCAAUGAUUUUGUUCCUGAAUUAUGUGCAAGAUAUCUAGCAAGAAAUUUUAUGUGGGCCAUUUCUAAUAGAGAUUUUGUAUAUAUUCCCUACAAUUUGUUAUUAAUGUGUGUAAAGCAUCCCUGUUUGACUGUUGACAGUGAGAUGCAUCUUUCUGAUGCACUUUUAAUUUGGCUUGAUGCAAACAUGGAGCAGAUGGGUUGCUCAAUCAGAACUAAAGAAAAUUUAAUUGGAAUUCUGAAGGAGAUUCGAAGAAGCAUUCUGCCAUUAUGGUUUGCUGCAGGGAAAAGAAGGUCAUGCUAUUUCUCGAAGCUUGCAGAUGAAAGUGUUGACUCAAUUUUAAGACUAGUGAAAAUUCCUCCUGCAGGCUUAGUCGAUGCCUUAGGAGAUGUGGACUUGAACCAUCUUAGGAUUCGGAUAACAAAAUACUCAGAGAAAGUGAACCUUUCUAGUUGUCCUCAAAUAACGGCAGACAUUCUUCUCCUGUCCGUGCUUCAUUAUUCUCAUGGCAUGGACUCAACAUUAAGGAAGACUAUAAAGAAGUAUUUGAUAAGCCUCGAACAUUUGGACAAAGAUCAUUGGAGGAUAUUUCCGUGCUUGCCACCAAUUUUAUCUUUCGAAGCAGUGCAGGAGGUUAAUUUUUCCAAAUGUCAUAGGCUGCAUCUUGAAUCUGCCAUUGAGUGCUUCUCCAGAUCAUUUCUGUCACUGAAAAUAAUAAAAGCAGCUUAUCUUUUGAAUAUCAAGACAACCAAUUUCAUUAAAUUGGUGCAUAAGUGCCCUCUGGUUUCUGAAGUUGACUUGUCCGUUGAUAUAUGUCCAAUCAUACCAACACAAGUAUCCGUCCUUUCCUCAAAUCUGGCUCUACCACUAGCAUCAAAUAAGCAUUGCGAUGUGACAUCGUGCUAUCAUUCAGGACCAUCACUCUCAAAUAUCACACAUCUCACCAUUGAGGGGCGAACUGACAUAUGUGAUUUGGAUCUGGAGUUUAUCUCAAAAUACUGUGUUUCAUUAGGUUACCUGAACAUUAAAGGGUGUAUCUCAGUAACAGAUGUUGGCAUAUCAAAUGUCAUAUGCAGGUGUAUUGAACUUCAUUCUAUUGUAGUUUGUAAUACUUCUUUUGGUAUGAACUCAAUUUUAGCUCUUUGCUCUGCUGCUCCUAAGUUUGGUAAUGCUACUGGUCAUUUUGGAAAGAGGGCAUCUAAUCUUCUAAAACUGCAUAUAGGUUGCUGCAAGGGUGUUGACAAAACAUCUCUCAUAGAGCUCAUGAGUCAAACAACAAUGCUGAAGAGUCUUUGCUUGAGUGGCACUGACCUUGUAGAUGAAGCACUGUAUAAUUUCUCAGGGACUUCCUUGGAGAUGCUUGAUGUUUCUAAUACUAUGAUAUCUGGAGCUGCUUUAGCUCAUAUUAUUCAUGGAAAUUCUGUUUUGAAGCAUUUGCAUGCGAGAGGAUGUAAUUAUUUGUUUCAACAGGGAAGUUACAUUGGAGGGACAGAAUUUUCUUUCUCACAUCCAUGUAAGGAGCUAUUUAUUGAAUUAGGCAGGACAUGUAAAUUAGAGGGUGUUGCUUUGGGAUGGGGUUUCUCUAAUAUCUCGCUGGAAGUUUUGAAACCUGCAAUUACUUUGCUUAAGUCAAUGACUGUGGGUUUGGGUGGAACAUUGGGUGAAGAUGCAUUGAGAGUGCUACCUACAACUUGUCCUAUGCUAGAGUCAGUUAUUCUUCAUUUUCAGGUGAUAUCUGACUCUAUCAUGGAUAGAAUCAUGACAUUGUGGCAGUUGCGAACUUUGGCUUUGUGCUAUUGUCUUGGUGAAAUAUCCAUAUCAAGCUUCAGGUUUUCUCUGCCAAAUCUGAGAAAAUUGAAGCUUGAACGUGUAACUCCUUGGAUGACCAAUGAUGAUUUGGUUAUUUUAACACAAAACUGUGCAAACUUGAUUGAGCUUUCAUUGCUAGGAUGUACUCUUCUUAAUGCAGAUUCUCAACUGAUUAUCUUACAGGGAUGGCCGGGAUUGACUUCUAUCCAUCUAGAGGAAUGUGGUGAUAUUACUGUAGAUGGGGUUUCUUCUCUUAUCAAUUGCAUAGCUCUUGAAGAUCUCUUACUACGUCAUAAUGGCCCAGGUGUACCGAGAAACUUCAUUCUUGAUGCUGCUAAAAAGAUGCCAAUGCUCCGGAAAAUUUCAUUAGAUUUGUGUGAUGCGAGAGAUGGUGAUUAUGACAUUCCAGAUUAUGGUGACAGGUACUUCUUAAGCAGUGUGAAGUUGGCAAGAUGUAAGCGGCAAAGAUCAUGUUUAGACCUUAAUUUGUCAGGGGCUUGUGGACGGGCAGUGCACAAGGAGUCAUUAGUUCUAGUUUGGAACAGCAAUAAUCUCAUAAGAACUGUGGUGAAAGAAAGACUAGCAUAAAUUGGUCCAUCCAAAUAUUCUACAAAGCCCCAAAGGCUGUGUACAGAAUUGAAUUUCGGAGUACUUAAAUACAGGGGUUGUUAACAGGAGUUGUUGUGAUUAGAUGUUGGAAUAGAGGCAAACCAGAGAAAUUGGAGUUGUUAAUGUUUGAUCUGGGUCGAAGACUAAGGGCUGGCAGUUUUUGUUUGAAGAUGUAUGCAUGGUUUUCUUGCAUGUAGGAUGGAGAGCUCUGUAUUGUUUUGCCGAGUGAAUUUUGCUUUUGCUACUGAACCAUCAAUUACCUAAUCAUAUCAUAAGGUUGUCGCAAAA